CAGGUAUAAAUAACGGUAUUGACCCUGUGAUGAAAUAUUCUUCUGUAGAUUUCAUUGAAACAAUAAAUCUAAUAUCUGUUCGGUUCGGUCAGCCGACCAUGAAGCGGACCACGCGGUCCAUCUACCUUACACAAGAUUUAGCUAUUUUAUAGAGAAAACUUCAAAAAAUAUGACAGUAACCUUUCGGAAUUUUUAAAAACACAACCUUGAAGUGGAAUUUGCAAAAUAAAAAUUUGCUCAUAAUUUUUCAACACAAUAAACAUUUAUUCAGAAAAAGCUAUUUUUUCCGAUUUAAACGAAACGAAGUUUACCCAAUAGGAUAAAUAGUUUCCGAGAUAUAAAUUAGAACGUACAAUACAUUUUCCUAAAAAUGAACAAAAAUCACAAAAUCCAAAGGCUUAUAUUUCCCAAACAGUUUCGAAAGGAGUAAAAUGAUGACUUAAACCCCCCCUAAUUUCAUGUGAACAACAUCAUAUCCCAUUUUGUAUAAAAUUGCAGGCAUCAAGGGAAGAAGUGAUCGAUUUAAAGUAGACACCGUUAUUAUCCUUUCAUUUAUCUACAAUACGAGUAACACGUCACUAGUUACUAACUGUACUACUUUCCCCCACUACCUUCCGACCUUUCCCUUUAUUCCCUCCAUCUGGUAACAACACGCUGGCCGUUAACUGUAACGCCGUAAGCUACAGCUGCUACAAGCUAUAAAUGCACUGUGCGCACGUUGACUUCAGUCAUUUUGCCAGGAGAUCUCUGGUUCAACGCACGCGGGACCGGGAAAGACGCGCGAUUUUUAACGUCAGUGCUACAAAAGCGUGAUAUAUCAUCUCGUCAUAUGAUAGUUGUAAUAUUAAUUAAAGUACAAAUAAUCUUCUACGACAAGAAAGGACACGAAUUCACACAAAUAAUCGUCGAUUAAGAAAAAAAACAAUGGCAGACUCUAUGAUUGGUAAUUGUGACACAAAACCGGCAGAUGUAUCCUUACCAGAUGAUGGACUUUCAGCAGCACAAUUAUUCGCUAUCGGUGAUGGCCUCACCUAUAAUGAUUUUAUUCUUUUACCCGGUUAUAUCGAUUUUACUGCCAAUGAGGUUGAUUUACUAUCGCCAUUGACAAAAAAGAUUAUGAUUAAAGCACCUCUAGUAUCAUCUCCCAUGGACACAGUUACAGAAUCCGACAUGGCUAUUGCCAUGGCCCUAUGUGGAGGAAUUGGCAUAAUACAUCAUAAUUGCACGCCUGAAUAUCAAGCCAAUGAAGUACAUAAGGUCAAGAAAUAUAAACAUGGUUUCAUUAGGGAUCCAGUAGUUUUAUCACCCAAUCACACAGUCAAAGAUGUCCUAAAUGUGAAAGCUAAACAUGGCUUUUCUGGUGUUCCUAUUACAAAUACAGGAAAAGUUGGAGGUAAACUAUUGGGCAUUGUAACAUCUAGAGAUAUUGAUUUUUUGGAAAAUACAAUAGAUCAACAAUGCAUAAAAUUGGAACCAAUAAUGACAAAAUUAGAGAAUCUGAUCACUGCAACUGCUGGUGUAACAUUACAAGAGGCGAAUGUAAUUCUUGAGAAGUCUAGAAAAGGAAAACUCCCAAUUGUCAAUGAGGAAGGGGAAUUAGUAUCUUUAAUGGCAAGAACUGACUUGAAAAAAAAUCGUAGCUAUCCAAAUGCUAGUAAAGAUGAGAAUAAACAAUUGUUGGUUGGUGCUGCUAUUGGCACACGCAAUGCUGAUAAACAAAGACUGCAACAUCUUACUACAGCUGGUGUUGAUGUCAUUGUUUUGGAUUCUUCUCAAGGCAAUUCUAAAUAUCAAAUUGAUAUGAUUAAAUACAUUAAAUCAGAAUAUCCAGAAUUGCAGGUAAUUGCAGGGAAUGUUGUAACAACUUUGCAAGCUAAAAAUCUUAUAGAAGCUGGAGCUGAUGCUUUAAGAGUAGGGAUGGGUUGUGGAUCUAUUUGUAUUACUCAAGAAGUUAUGGCUGUGGGAAGACCUCAAGCAACUGCUGUAUAUAAAGUUGCAGAAUAUGCAAGGAAAUUUGGUGUACCUAUUAUAGCUGAUGGUGGUAUUCAAUCUAUUGGGCACAUUAUUAAAAGCUUAAGUUUGGGUGCUAGCACAGUUAUGAUGGGAUCUUUAUUAGCUGGUACCUCAGAAGCACCUGGUGAAUAUUUUUUUAGUGAUGGUGUACGUCUAAAGAAAUAUAGAGGUAUGGGCUCCUUAGAAGCUAUGAAUGGAAAAGAUGCACAUGGUUCAGUAAUGGAUAGGUACUUUUAUAAUGAGGUGGACAAGUUGAAAAUAGCUCAAGGUGUUAGUGGCUCAAUAGUUGACAGAGGAACUGUUUUAAAGUUUUUACCCUAUCUGAUAUGUGGCAUUAAACAUGGAUGCCAAGAUAUCGGAGCAAAGUCUAUAUCUACCUUAAGAUCUAUGAUGUAUAGUGGAGAAUUAAAAUUCGAAAGAAGAACACAUUCUGCUCAACAAGAAGGGAAUGUUCAUAGUCUCUUCUCAUAUGAAAAGAGACUUUUUUAAGUAGAUAAAUAUUAAAUGAGCACCUUACAAAAAGAGGAGUACCUGCAUUUAAUUGGAUAUAACUUGUCAAUUUUAACAAAUUAUGUCCUGAAUUAUAUGAACUCAUAUAUUUGCUUACACCUAAACAUAUAACUAUGCAAACAUAUAGGAAACAGAUUGUUUUUUAUUGAUAGACAAGUGAAAUUUAUUUCACUAUCAUUUUAUAUAUAAUGAAAAUAAUUUAAGAACCUUUUUUUAUAAUGUACUUAUGAGAUACAAAUAUGUAUCUAAUACAUAUACAUGUGUAAGAAAAAUUGAAUGAUACAAGGGAAGGAGAAAGUUACUGAUAAUUAAUUUUUUUACAAUCCUAUAAAUGUAGUAAUUUACAUGAUAAAUUUUCUCACAUUUCUGUGAUAACUCAAUUUAUUACUAUGUGUAUGUACAUGCGUGCCAUCCUUUAAUUAGAUUAAUCUGUUUUAUUUACAUUACAGAUAUGACCGAAUUAUUAAACAAGUUAUAACUAUACAUUGUUGUAAUAUUCUUUUCUUGCUGCAUUCUUUGUUUGCUACAUCCUGUGCACCUGAUUUAAAUAACUAAAAUGUGCACUUUUUGGGAUUCUUAUGAAAUCACAUUAAUAUUUUAAUAAAAAAAAUUAAGAAAGUAUUUGAAAAGUACACAUAAUAUCCUUAAAAAUCUACAAUGCAGCAAGAAAAAGAUUCAAGAUCUAAAUGCCAAACUAUGGGGAUGCUAUUUGAAAGUAAUUUAAUCAGCUUAAUUGUUUAUUAGCUGAUUAUUCAUUUCUAUUGUAACGUAAUAGAAAAGAAUCCAUUACAUUACAGUGUUAUACUUUAUCAGGUAUUUUGAUAUAAUUUAUCAAAAUAUAUUUUUUAUGACUCUGAUUUAAUAUAAGCUAUCUCUUAAGGGGAAAGACCUAAAUCCAAGUACUUAAGUUAAUUGUAAGACAAUUUUAUAAUUCAAAAUAUACGAAUUAAAAACAUACAAUAUAAACUAUUUUAUUAUUAUUAGCCGCAAAUUUUACACAGGUUGUUAUAACAAAAUUGUAUAUUUGAAAUAAAGCCCUAACUAAUGUUAAAUAUAUCUCGUGUAAAUUAUUAUCAUAUAAUCCAUAUAAGUAUUUCUAUCGAAUAAAAUAGAUCAUUAAAUACGUAUUGCACUCUUUUUGUACACAAUUCAAAAUUUAUUCUGCGAAUGAAACAAAAAUAAAAACUCGAAAAAGUGUGAAAUUUGAAACAAUGGUUUUAUGUAACGUAAAAUGUUUUGCAUAGAAUUUCGAAUUACAUACUUAGAUGUAUCAUUAUUAUCAUUAGAAACACAAGAAAAUGUAGAUAUUAAAUUUUUUUAAAAAUUACUUUCGAGAUUGCGAUAAAUAUAUUUUUUUGUAUUAUUUUAUAGAUAAUUGUUACUGCGGAAAAGGAAUCGGAUCAAAAGAUAGAGGAAUUUAAAUUUAGUACUAUAAUUCAAUCAUUAAUUGACAAUUUGAAGUAUCCCGACAUAUGUACUUGAUAAUUUGAAUACGUAGUUCGACAAAUGUCUGACUGGCGCGUUGCCGAAUCGAAUACCCUUAUAGAACUCUUCACUUUCUAUCCCAUUUACAAUUGUAUGUCGACAGCCCGCCCCGUACUAUGUAAUUUCAUAUCACUAUAAAUAUUGUAACCUGUAACAGAUUUUUCUGUGGUUGUAAUUUUAUUUUAUGUUCAAUACCGAUUUACAUUGCAAGUGACACAAAGUGCUCAUCUACAUGAAAUACGCGAUAAAAAUUUUCAUUGAAUGAUAGAUCUGUAUUAUAUAUGGUUUGUGACAUAACCUAACGAUCAUUUACGUCAUUUCGACUGUUGUAUUAGAGUAAUAAGAAUAAGUAUAUAAAGAGUGUUGCUCUCUUGCGGUCGAUAAUAAGAGGAGCUUGUAAAAUUAAUAAUUUUGUUCGAAAAAUAGUUAUCGAAGUCAAGAUAAUGGCUUUUUUAUAUAA